AUGCGUCUCAAAGACGCACCUGCAGCCUGUGAGGCCAAGGAUCAUGAGGCCUUCGUGCUUGCUCUGAAAGCAAACAGAGUGCAGUGUAUCCGCCAGGUGGAAAUCCACGAACAUCGAACACCAGACUUAUUUUGGCGUACUGGUGACCCUGCAGGUCGACCACCCCGAUCCGAAAAAGACAAGGCUCGAAUGAAGCUCGUGGCCACUGUCUCGUACAAGAAUGACAAGCCCGUUUUCCCGCCAGCAUUCACUCGUCUGAGCGAUGAGCUGGUCUACCUUGCUACCAAGUUCCUGACAGUAGCCACUCGCGGCAAACACUACCCCUAUGACUUCAUGAAAAACGGCGAUAUUCGACUUGAGCGUGUCCCAUCCGGAGUCAGCCCGAUCAUAUGGGCUCAUGGAUUGCCUCACUUCCCCGUAUACAAGGGUUAUUACAUUCUUUGCGGCCGGAAGCAUGCAAAAUGGAUUGGAUGGUGGCUGAAUACCCCCAACUGGCUCACCAAGAAAAAUUACCCCAUGUGGACAAUUGGAGCUGUGGUAGCUCCUGCUUCUGCGCUUGGACUCCCUCGCGUUGUAGAGCGGCAACUGCGGGUUCACAAGCCUAGUGCUACCCGGGAUGUCGAAACGGGUUCUGAAAAGUAUGCAGGUGCCCAUGAUGUCGUCCAAAAGGUCCACUAUGAUCACUCUAUCGUACCGAAGAACUCGUCAGGUGGAUAUCGUGUUAUUCCCAUUUGUCAAACUCAAGGCUACCAAAUCCAGGUUGGACCAAACUGGCCCAAUGGACGUCUAGCAGAUGUGGUCCACCAGGGGAUGUUCUCGGCCAAUGGAUUGGAACACUUUGACUACAAUGAGGCUCUGAAGAAGCCCUAUGUUAAUGAGAAGUGUCCCCAGGCUGAAAAGGACGCGCUGUGUGCAAGCGACGAAGAGGCCGAUGACGAAGAGCUCGAGACCAGAGAAAUUAAAGACGAGGACGAAGAGAUCAGUGAAGCUGGGGAUUACCUGGAUUACACGAAUGCAGCAGACUCCGACUAUCAAUAUGAUGAGACACCUGAAGACGACGACCUCACUGACGACUCGGAACGUGACAACGCUGUGAUUAAUCCACUCCACAAACUGUCAUUGCAAGAUGCUAAAAAGGACAAAAAGGUUGAUACUAUGGGUGGGUAUUUUGUCACUACCAACAAGGUUGUGAAAACAACCAACAAAUCCACCAAAGUUGCAAAAGCAAACAUUGCGAAGGCCGUUCCAAAGCCCUUCAAGGUUAGCAAGAAAGUCGCAAAGGCUAAAGGAGAUUCAAAAAGCACCUCGGGGCCGACGACAUCCGCUGAAAUUACGAGGGGCAGAGGAAACCUCACAAGUCUGCCCGACAAGAAAGUCAUCAAGACUGAACCCAAGCAGCCGAUCCAGCAAUCUACCACAGAAACCCUGGACGACACUAGGGUGGAUACUGCCUCGAGUGGAUCCAUGAAGAAAUUGACUGAAGACGAAAUGAUCAAGAAAGCCACAUGCCUCAGUGAGCUUGCAUUCGAUGCGGUCAAAAACAGAAAUGCCUCUACGGCCGAACUCGAUCUUGAGGGAAUUCUCGAGAAAGCUGCUGCGUACUCUACUCUCGUCCACGCAGCGGCUAGAGAUCUACAAAAAGAUAAAUCGUGA